UUUUCUUUCUCUUCUACUUCCUGUUUUUUAUCCUACAUUUUACUGAAAACUCUGUUCAGAGGCGCCUUAUUAUUCCUUCUAACAUCAAAGAAGCAAUUAUGGAAUACCGGAGUGUUUUCCCUUCUUUUCUUUUUUCAGUUUUGAUCCUACUUUAGCUGAAAGAUCUGUCCAAGAGCUCAUUAAUUUUUGCAGUUUUUAUCCUUCUCCUCUGGUUUUUUAUCCAACAUUGAGCUGAAACUUGUCCUUUUAAAGUUGAGAUAACUUUCCUUACUACGUGAAAACAAAGAAGUUACUGAAGGAUACAGUGAUUUAUCACUUUUCCUUCAGUUUCUGAACAGUUGAAAAUCAUCCUAAAAUCCCCCUAGUUAGAGCAAGUGUUUACUUAUUCUCUUCCAUCUGAACAUCAAAUCUUAAAAUAUGAUUUAGUUUUCCUUUUCACGGGAAAACAAAACCUGUCUCUUUUGGCCUUUUGCUUCUCAAAAUAUAACUUUUCUCUGAAAUUAUUUAUUAAAAACUACCAUACAUUUUUCUUCUAGGACUAACGGUGGCCUAAACUGACGGGUGAUUAAACCCUAGCGGAUAAUGGGUCCUACUUCCUGAAUCAGCUAAAAGAUGAAAAGACAAUUAAAGAGUUCAUCCAUCACCGCUGCUCUACCCUUAGCAUUUAUUUGUAUGCAAUUUCUCUGUUACCUUCGCCAAGCCUGGGGUGGAGCUUUUGUUGCGUCGCAUUCUUGAACUUGGAAGUAUCAAAGAUGUCUCUUAAGAUAUUAGAUGAACGACACAAUAAGCGGACAUCUCCGUUUUUGGAUACACCUGCAAGAGGAAUUCAAAGGUCCGCAUUCAUGAAAAGGCUGGCUUGCUGUCACCGUGAAAAGGGGAUUAGUAUAGACUUUGAUGUACAUGAGGGUUUUAUGACAUAUAAUGGCCUUGAGAGCUGUAUCCGGAGCAGUUACGGUUUUGAUGAUGAGAGUGGCACAAGCCGAGGGGAUGGAUUUUGUACAGACUCUUUGGAUGAGGAUGAUUCCAGUUGUUCUUCAAGCAAAGAUGUUUUUGGAUCCUUCUCAUCUCAUUGGUUGCUGGGUAAACAGGAAGAAAAGUGGAGUGAUGAUUGGGAAUCAUGUCAUGGUCUAGGAAGUCUGAACAUUUCACAAAAACCAACUUAUAUGACGAAAACUAUAGAUGUGGAGACCAUGAAAGAAAGGUUUGCUAAGCUUUUACUGGGUGAAGACAUGUCUGGAGGCUGCAGAGGACUCAACACUGCCUCGGCUUUAUCAAAUGGCAUAACAAACCUUGCAGGUUCCACUUUUGGGGAACUAUGGAAAUUGGAGCCAUUAUCUGAAGAGAGGAAGACCAAAUGGGUAAAGGAGAUGGAUUGGUUGCUCUCUCCAGCUAGUUACAUGGUGGAACUGGUCCCUGCUAAGCAAAGUGAUGCAAAUGGACGAAGUCUUGAGAUAAUGACCCCUCGUGCUCGUUCAGACAUCCACAUGACUCUUCCAGCACUGAGAAAGCUCGACUCCCUGCUUAUUGAAACACUAGACGCAAUGGUAGAUACAGAGUUUUGGUAUGCGGAAGGAGGGAGCAGAAGAGAGAACAGAAGCAGGAGUGCGAAAACGAGUAUGAAAUGGUGGCUUCCUCUUCCAAGAGUCCCUUUAUCUGGUCUAUCACCAGAAGCCAGGAAAAAAUUAGGGUUUAGGAGAAACUGCAUUAGUCAAGUGUUCAAAGCUGCAAAAGCCAUAAACGAGCAGGUCUUGUUAGAAAUGCCCGUUCCACCAGCUUUCUUGGAUACACUUCCUAAGGCAGGUAGGACAAGCCUUGGAGAAGUUCUUUACAGAGCCAUAUGCACAGAGCCAUGCAGGCCUGAAGAAGUGGUGAAUUUGCGAGAAAUGGAAACCGAGGAUGGGGCAUUAGAGGCAGCAAACAGAUUGCAGACAGCCAUUCUAAUGUGGAAACAGCGGAUAACAUCAGCUUCCAGUGAGGGAAAGGUUGGUGUUCUGAAUUCUUGGUCGUUAGUGAGAGAUUCCGAGGCUGAAUUGGAUAAGAAGGAAGUGUAUUUAGAGAGGGCUAAAGCUGUUAUGUAUCAUCUGAAGCGCAAGUUCCAAAGAAUGCCACAGACCUUUCUUGACAUGACCAAGGUCCAGCACAAUAAGGAUAUUGGGCAUUCCAUUUUAGAAGCCUAUUCCAGGGUCCUUGAAGGCUUGGCAUUCAGCAUACUCUCAAGGAUUGAAGACAUCCUGCAAGAAGAUGACAUGGUUAAGAGCUCCCUCAAGCCCCAAACGAACCAAACUCAUGAUAAUAAACCGAUUGAAAGUACAGUGACUGAAGCAGGUCAUCAAUAUCAUAGGGGAGAAGAAUCCCUUGUCAAUCACUUAAAUGGAGACCACUCUCCUGAAUCCAACGAAUUCAGUGGAGAAGUUUGUGGCGGUGUUUCUCUUGUGAGAUCUCCUCUUCGCUAAUGAUCACAAAAAUGGAAAGUAGAAAUUAUAAUAAGAUGUUCUUCGCCUCACUCGCCAACAUCAAGCGGAAGGCUAUGGGUGGUGACUGAUUUUUUUAUUUAUAAUGAUUAUACCUCUGGUUUUAAGAGCAUACAUGAUGGUGUUUGGUAGAGAAAAUGGUGAUGAUACAUUGGAGGUGAUCCAUGUCCUUUCAAACAAGUCAGAAUCUCUUGUAGAUGGAGAAGGGUGUUGGGGGAGGAGACUAGUGCUUGUCCAUGAGAUUUCAGGGAGGGAGUGAGACUAAUGCAAGAUGUUAUCCCCCUCCUUGUCAGAAUUAUUGUAUAAAAAUAAUAUUUUAUUUCGAAAUAAUAUAAGUACCAUUUACUAGGCAUG